GCUUCCCGCUCCUCGUGCUGGAUCCCUCACGAGACCCUUUGCCUCCAAAGCACCGCGUGGGGUUUAGCAUAGCUCCGCUAACUUAGCCAGUUGCUCGCAGAACGUGCUGCUAACAGGCUAAUGCUGGAGAUCAACGGGGCAGACGGAGAGCAGAAUGGAUCGUGCGAAGGAGCAGUGGCGAUCCUGGAUGCUGGAGCCCAGUAUGGCAAGGUGAUCGACAGGCGGGUGCGAGAGCUGUCCGUACGCUCUGACGUCCUCCCUUUAGAUACCCCGGCCUUCGUCCUCAGAGAAAAGGGCUACCGGGCGAUCAUCAUUUCAGGAGGUCCUGCAUCGGUUUAUGCUGAAGAUGCCCCUUUAUAUGACCAGGCCAUAUUCACCAUAGGAAAGCCCGUCCUUGGGAUUUGCUAUGGGAUGCAGCUGAUGAAUAAGGUUUUUAACGGCACAGUACUCAAAAAGAGUGUACGGGAAGAUGGGGUUUUCCCCGUUGGGCUGGACAACACUUGUUCUCUCUUCAGGGGCCUUCAGAAGGAGGAACUGGUCCUGCUGACCCACGGAGACAGUGUGGAUAAAGUGGCCGAUGGCUUUAAAGUAGUGGCCCAAUCGGGGAGCAUCAUCGCCGGGAUUGCUAACGAACAAAAGAAGCUCUACGGGACACAGUUUCACCCCGAGGUCGACCUGACAGAGGGCGGUGUCGAGAUGCUGCGUAACUUCCUGUUUGAGAUUGCAGAAUGCACCAGUAACUUCACCGUACAGAGCCGCCAACAGGACUGCAUCAACGAAAUCAAAGAAAAAGUAAACAAGUCUAAAGUCCUGGUGCUGCUGAGUGGCGGGGUAGACUCAACAGUCUGCACUGCUCUCCUCAACAAAGCGCUGGACCAGGACCAGGUGAUCGCAGUGCACAUCGACAACGGCUUCAUGAGGAAGAGAGAGAGUCAGAGUGUGGAGGAGGCCCUCACCAAGCUCGGCAUCAAGCUCAAAGUGGUGAACGCAGCUCACACCUUCUACAACGGAACGACAACACUCCCCAUCUCCGACGAGGACAGGACGCCGCGCAAACGUAUCAGCAAGACUCUGAAUAUGACGACCAACCCAGAAGAGAAAAGGAAAAUCAUCGGUGAUACAUUUGUCAAAGUGGCAAACGAAGUUAUAGGAGAGAUGAAUCUGAAGCCCGAAGAGGUUUUCUUGGCCCAGGGUACCUUGCGGCCCGAUCUUAUUGAAAGUGCCUCUCAUAUGGCCAGCGGCAAGGCGGCUGUCAUCAAAACGCAUCACAACGACACUGAGCUCAUCCGCGAACUCAGGAAAACGGGAAAAGUAAUCGAACCACUGAAAGAUUUCCAUAAAGAUGAAGUCCGAGCGCUGGGCAGAGAGCUGGGCCUCCCAGAGGAGAUAGUCUCCCGACAUCCUUUCCCUGGUCCCGGUUUGUCCAUCAGAGUGAUUUGUGCAGAGGAGCCGUACAUUUGUAAGGACUUUACUGAAACAAACAACAUCCUCAAAAUCAUCACAGACUUCUCUGCAAGUGUCAAAAAGCCCCACGCCUUGGUGCAGAGAGUCAAGUCGUGCAUGUCGGACGAGGAGGAAGAUAAACUCAUGCAGAUCACCAGCCUUCAUUCACUCAAUGCCUUCCUGCUGCCCAUCAAAACGGUCGGCGUCCAGGGGGAUUGCCGGUCCUACAGCUACGUGUGCGGUGUCACAAGUAAAGAGUCCCCACACUGGGAGUCUCUCAUGUUCCUCGCCCGACUCAUCCCUCGCAUGUGCCACACCAUCAACAGAGUGGUGUAUGUGUUUGGGUCCCACGUGAAGGAGCCGCCAACAGACAUUACUCCGACCUACCUGACCACAGGCGUUCUGGGAACACUCAGACAGGCGGACUUUGUAGCUCACUCUAUCCUUAGCAAGUCUGGCUACUCCGGUAAGAUCAGCCAGAUGCCGGUCAUCUUGACCCCGCUGCACUUUGACCGCGACCCUCUCCAGAAACAGCCAUCCUGCCGGCGCUCCGUGGUGAUCCGCACCUUCAUCACCAGCGAUUUCAUGACCGGCAUCCCUGCCCAGCCCGGCAACCAGAUCCCGGAGGAGGUGGUGCUGGAUAUGGUGAAUCAGAUCAAGAAGAUUCCAGGCAUCUCCAGAGUCAUGUAUGAUCUGACCUCCAAACCACCUGGCACCACAGAGUGGGAAUAAAACCCAACAUGACGUCGUACCGAUGGGACACUCACAAUGCACAAACCCACUCAACAGAUUGCUGGUCAAUUCCUCCUUUUCUGUCCCUCCCUCUGUCUCUUCAACAUUCCCACGGAAGGCGGCACUAUUGUUGGUUGAUUAAUAAUAUAUUGUUGCGAAACAUAAAAAUGGGAAAGGUGUCACCAACUAGAGACUGUUUUCUGCCUUUUUUGUCGGAGGUUAUUGUUUCACAGUUCUCUCUCUAUCCCCUUUAUUUGUCCUGCCUUUUUGUCCUGGGAUAUUAAGUAAUUUGUCUGCUUUUAAUAUAAAAAACAAACUGGCAACCUGUGUGACCAAUCAAUAACUUUUUACGGUUUUUGUUUUGCCAAAAGUAGAAUGUGACGAUUCAUAACAUUGGUGGGCUCCUCUUGACGUUCUCUCCGGGGUAAAUUGUGAUCUGAGCUGUGGGGCCGUUGCCGGCGACCCAAGAGAAACUUCAGUGUGCUGAAUAGAGUGCAGGAGGCCAAUACGAUGGCUACGAUGAACUUUGUAUCUGCCACUGUUGUUUUUGUUUAUCUCCCGAUGUGACGCGACCUGAACUUCAAUGUUUCUGGAAAGGAGGAUGCAACAACAGUUUCUCUUUAUCUGGUAAUAUAUAUGCUUUUAAUGAAGAAUAAACAAGACGAGGAUUAACUAAUGACUAAAUGAUUAGUUAGUACUGUAGAGUUUAUAUAACCACAUUGUGUAAAAUACAAGUGUCUUUAUAUCCUUAUUCGGCUGCUCUUUUGUUGUGCAGGUCUGCACAACAGGUCUGCAGGUCUCCUUUUUUUUCUUCUUUUUUUUACAUUUUUGCACCCUCAAAGAAAGCCUUGGUGCAGAACCAUGCAUCCAGUGGGGACUUUUAGGUCGUUCACUGUGUGGGGUCAAAGGUCAGGUUGACUGACACAUUGACUGUUGCCAUCGCCUAACAAGUACGUGUCACAAAAAGGCAUUGACUGCUUGAUUCAUUUCCGUUGUCAAAACAUUAAGCACAUCAACUGUAGCUCUGUCACGAAGCGUAGAUCGUAGCCCGAUGGAGCCGUUUCCCUCAGACGCAGUGGUUGUCACGGUGCCAGAAUUUGUCCUUGUGCCUCUCAUUCUGUUUUCUCCCUGCCGUGUAGAGGCAUAAACUGCUAAUGCAAAAUGAAAGGUUUUCCAUACUUCUUACCUGCUAUUGGUGUGUAUUUCUGUUGCGUAUCUCUACAACUGCGUGGCAAUGUUGGACACACAAUUUGGAUUUAAUUGCAAUAUUGAUGAUUUAAGUUAUGCAAUUUAAUGUAUUUUUUGGGGGAGGGGGUUGGUGGUGUCUGAAUAUUUGUAUUCAACAGUUCAUUCUCCUUUAGUAACGUGCCUCAAAGUCACAGCAUGCAGUUUUUUGUACAAUGGGAAACUGAGCUUUAAUAAAGAUCUCCAUGUUAAAACGUC